AUGGCUGCACUCCGGAAGUCUCCUCAGCGUGGCGUCCGCGUCAUCUUCCAGGCGCUGCCGCUCGCGCCCAACCGCCUCCUCGGCGCUUUGCUGACGUCAUCGAACCGCGCGUGCGCAAGCACACAGGAAGCCCGCCCUCGCUCCGCCCUUUCCUCUGUCCUGUCUUCCUCCUCGCCGCGAUUGGCCCCGAGGAGGGCUCGUCAGGUACCCCGCCCCGUCUCAUUGGCCGGCCCUUCCGUCUCCAGCCCCGCCCCGCGCAAGAUGGUGGCCCUGGCCGGCCGGCGGUGGUCUUCGCUGCUGCGGUCUGCCGGACGGACGGAAGCCUGGGCCAGCUCCACCGCCGGCGGCGGCGGCUCCUGGACUGGGAAGGAUCAGGCAAGCGGCGGCUCCUCUCGAUACUCGCGUACUGCGCUGUACGACUUGCUGGACGUCCCGGUCACGGCCACGCAGGCGCAGAUUAAGGCAGCCUACUACCGGCAGAGUUUCCUCUACCACCCGGACCGCAAUUCGGGCAGCGCGGAGGCGGCGGAGCGCUUCACGCGCAUCGGCCAGGCCUACGUGGUGCUGAGCAGCACCGCCCUGCGCCGUCAAUACGACCGCGGCCUGCUGGGCGCCGAGCACGCGCCGGGGGCGGCGCGCGCGCCCCCGUCCCCUCCGCCUCCGAGGCCCGCGCACGCGCACGCUGCCUCGGGCCCCCAGCGUGCGCGCCCCGCGCCGGGCGGCCGGCACAUGUUCGACUUCGACGCCUUCUACCGCGCGCACUACGGUGAACAGCUGGAGCGGGAGCAGCGGCUGCGGGCCCGGCGCGAGGCCAUGCGCAGGGACCGCGAGGAGCGCGCCCGCGCCGGGCCGCGCUGGGACGACAGCCUGCUCCUGGCCCUGCUGCUCUUCCUGGGCUUCCUGGCCUUCUCGCACGUCAAGUAGCCCGGCCUUGGCCGUGACCUCCGGGGCUCGCGGGACGCCGAAGGACCCGACCCUCCCCCGGCGCCCUGGUGGAUGGCGGGGAGGUGGGGGUGCCCCAACGACGGAGGAAGGCGUCCCCGGGCGCUGGGGGCCAUUAAGAGCUGGGCGCUGUAGGAUCGUGCCGAAUGCCUGCCUUGGCCUGAUGCUGAGGGCCUUCCUGUCACCCCGAGUGAAAAGCCAAAUGAACCACAUCUGAAUGAAUCCACACGGGUUUCUGUCUUUGUUACCAGUCAUGCAGGAACACUGAGCAGGUUUUACUGAGAAGGCAGCUGAUGGGAAGAUGAUCAAGUGUUGGGUAAAGCUUGGACUUGGCAGCAAGAAAUUCAGAUCCAGCCUCAGACAGUUCCUUAGCUUUGGGACCCUGGGCAGGUCCCUUAAACCUCUGGAGAACGAGGGGGCUGCAGCCAGGGACCUCUAAGGUCCCUGUGAAAGAUAGUGGCCCCUUCAGUGGUGUCUCCAGUCCCUGCUUCCCAUCCCUGUUUGGCCUUGCACAAGUUACUUGAACAUAGAUCUCUUCUGUACAAUGCCUGUUUGAAAGCAGAAGGCCAAAUCAGAUGAUCUUCCAAGGUCCUUUCUGCUUCUAAGAUCUGUGUGAUUCUAGGCCCAUUUUUUAGUGAAGUGGAUGAUGCCAUUGCAGCCAGGUUUGCUUUUUCUCCUGGUCAGUUUACCACAAUAAAAAGUAUUCCAGAGCACAGACUAUCCUAUUCAUAGUUGACUAUACAGAUGAUUAAUGCUGUGCAUUCAGUCCCCACAGCUGGAGAAAUGGCAGGAAAACCCAUGUCCCACUAAAAGGUGGAGGGAUUUGGGAGUAAAGUCAGUAUUGUUGGGACAGGCAUAAGAUAUGCUAUGUGUUAGGCACAAAAAACACCUCUUUGAUAAAUGGCUGAUAAAAUUUUAACAGUUCCACGCAAAGGUGCCCCCAGCGUUGUGAGAUUUGGUGUUUGAGUUUAACUAGAACACAGAAAAUGUAGGGAAGGUACUGCAUUGGUCCAAGCAGGUGAUGAGAGUCUGUUCAGUAGUGGUGGUGGGGACAGUUUGGUCACUCACUGGACAUGAGAGUAAAAUGAGAAGGAACUUAGAGAUAAGACACAGUUUUAAACAUGGAGGGCUGAAUGGUGGUUGAUGCCUCUGACAGAUUGUGGCGUCACGAGGAGCACGUUUAAGGGGACAGAUGAGUAGGUGGCUGUUUUAGACUUAACUGUUGAGUUUGAGAUGCUAGUGGGGCAUUCAGCUGGGGAUGGAGGGAACUGAACUGAUGGGUUUGGGACUUGGGAGAAAGGUCAAGGCUAGAGAAAGAUUUGGGUGUCUUCUGUUUAGAAGUGAUGAUUGAAGCCCUGGAGUGAGUGAAAUCACGAAGACGUGGCCCACGUCAGACCCUUCCUUGGGGAGCUGCCUCCAUAAGAGGUCGGAAGAUGGAUGGGGAGCCGGGGAAGGAGCUAUGGAAGGGUCAGAGUGUGGUGUCUCAGAAGCCUAGGGAGGAAAGAGUAUUUGGAGGGAACUAUUUGCUGUCCCCUGAUAGAAGCAGCUGAGGGAACGUUUUUGCUGAGUUUGAUUAAGCCAGCCCAUUCCAGGCCUGGUUUGGAGUGAGGGACAUGGCUCAAAUACAGUUAAAUGAGCUUUGAGCAUCUGUCAUUGUAUGAAGAGAUGUAGUCUGUACAGAAUCAGCAGGGCUUUAUCUGAAAGAGCGUUUCCCUGGGCCAGGAGAUUAACACUGUCCAUGACUAAAUUGUCUUUUCCUUUUGGGCCUGGUGAGAGCUUCCUGUUUAAAUUCCCUGAACAAACCUGCUUCCUUGGGCUCUUUCUCUUGUAUCAGACUGCUCUGACCCUUUAAAUAUCCCAGUCAUCUCGGAGCAAGUUGCCUCUUUUUCUUCUGAGCUUUUGGCAUCCGAUUUCCUGGGUGUCUUUAGAUAAGUCCUCCCUGUGUUGUGUGCCCCGGCCAGGCAAUAAGCAUUGUCCGUUUCAGUCCUGUGGAGCUAUAGGGAUCAAUGAUGGCAUGGCAGUCGCUUAAAACAGCUUGAGAUUUGGAACAGCAAAGGUUAAAACUUGGCCUGGGAAGCCAGCAGUGAGGUCAGAUUCGGCAGCCAGGGUCACUCAGCUGAUAGGAAUAAGGUGGGACCCCUGGGAGGCAUUUCUAAGCCCAGAAGGACUGAAUUGUCUUGCUGCUUUAAACAUUUCUCCAAAAUAGGGUUACUGUCUUCCCUCUAAUCUCUUUACACUUGAAAAAUCAGAUCCAUCUUGACCUUGUGUGUUUUCCCCGUCCCCUGGUGCUGGGGUGACAGGAAUGUAAUUUCAUCCUAGAGAAGCAAGACCCCAGGGCCUAAGGAGAGGAACUUCCUUGCCCCUUCCCCCUGCUGCCCAUCACCUCGGCUCUCACUCACGCUAGAUUCCGAGCCUGAAAUCUCUCCGAUAAGAGGCUCCUGUCAAAUGCUCAGCGUCAGUUGUAAGAGCAGUAGCUGACACUCGUAGAACUCCUUGGGGUUUAUAAAGCACUUUCUUCACAACAACCCGUCUUAGUGAGCAGUACAAGCAGCAGCUGCUCUAUUUCACAGCUGGAGAAACAGGGUCAGAAGGUGAAGAGUUGGCUAAGGAAGGUCCCCCAAGCAGGGAGGGUCAGAGUCAGAGCUCAGAGCCAGAUCUUGUGACCCAAAGAUUUCCCAGUGUCCAACACACAUUGGGACUGCUGGGAUGUCAGAUAAGUGCUGGAACCUAAGUAACCCCUAAGAACGGGAGCACAGUGCUCCGGGGAGCCAAGUGGGCUCCUCUGCUACCUCACCCUGCCUUUCUGUUCUCUCUGUGAACCCCAAAGGCCUUAGUUAAAGCACUAUUGCCCAGGACUCGUCUCAGCUCCCAAAGUCACCAUCGAUGGGUUGUUUCUAGGUGAUGCUUCCUGUCCGUAGGAACCCUAUAAGCAGCCCAGGGAAACUGAACCUUCCCUAGAAGUUGAGCUGGAUGCCUCUGCCCGCUUCAGCCACUCAAAUUCUUGUACCCCAACAGGAGGGAAGCAGUGGCUUGGGAAGAAGGCCGGAAGCUACAACUGGAUUCCCUCACAGUGUCUUUAUGCCACCCCAGCCCUUGAAGCUGGAUUUGGGAAGAGGGAUCUAGAGAGGAGAUCCCUCGGACCCCAGGUGGUGAUCUUUGUGUUGCUGCAUCGUAAUUGAGAUUGCAUUCAACAGCAAAUCCAGCCAGUUUACCCCAGCCCAGCUACUGGAGAUUCAAAGACAAAAGUGGUAGACACUCUCUGACCUCAGAACUUCUGCAGAUCUAAUAUGUGUGUAAGAAAGUAAAUAUGGGCUAUCUGCAAAAGAAAUACAGCUCUAGGGAGGUGUGAGACAACUAGGGGGACCGGGAAAGGCCUCUUGAGAGACGUGGUGUUUGAACAGAUCAGUGAAGGGACUUGGGAGGGAGAGCACACUAGGGAUGAGGCAUCGCUUGGGCAAAAGCACCAAGGUGGGAGGCAGAAUGUUUUGAGACCAGCAAGUCAAUUCGUUUGGCUGGAGGUGGAGUGUGUGAGGGGCAGGAAUACAUAACCAGCCUGGCAAGAUCUGCCCAAGCCUGGUGGUAAAGGGCUUUCAAUGCCAAACAGAGGAGUGUCUAUUUUAUACUAAGAACAGUGGGGAGCCACUGAUGUUUCUUGAGUGAAGAAGUGACAGAUGGGUAGUAAUUAGGGGUGGCAGAUUAAAAAGGAGGGGGUGGGGAGAGACUGAGUCCAGAGGGACCAUCCAGGAGGCCACUGCAGGGGUCCAGACCCGUGUGAAGUGGUUAUAGGAAAACAGCAGAGAGAAAAGGAUGGGCCAGGGACGUUGGGGAGCGGUAACCAAAAGGGCAACGCACAGAGCCUGGUGCCAUGCUCUAAAGGAGGGUGCGCGUGGCCCCGGGGAGCCCGUCUCCUCCUUGUCCCCCCACUCACAACCAGGGGCUUCAGAACUAGCUGAAUCAUGAAGGCACGAGAUGCCUCGUUUCCUUCGGAGGCCCCGCUACCAAUUCACUGGAGGUCUUUGGCUGAAUCCUCGCUCUGUGCCUUCAACAUCAGCCAGUCCAAGCUCAUUCCUCACGUUCUUUCCAAGGAGGUAUAGAUUGAUGGCUCGUCACCCUAACCAGGCACCCCCUUCCUUCCUGCUGCAGAUGAGAUUCCAGCUGCUUGCUCUCACUUCAUGUCACUGACCAGUAAUACAUUCUAAUUCAAUUAAAUGUUUAUGUUCCAGACACUUCUCCACUAAUGCUGUCCUCCAGUGGCUCAGCCUGGCGUGGAGGAGAUGCCCACAGACCAUAAACAACUCUGGCGGCGACUUCUGCCUCCCAAGACAGAAGGCUUCAAGUGUCGGCUUGUACACUGUCCCAGGACCAGCCCAGCCAAGUUCAGAGAGGUUAUUCAUGCCAGCUAAAAGAUGCCGAGUUCUUCAGCUGUGACAACUCGAGACCAAGCGUCACAAGCCCUGGCUUUGAGCCCCAGCUACAGUGCUGUGUGCCCUUGAGCAGCUCAGCCAGCCUGCUGGGCCUUCUUUUGAUCCUGUCCAAUGGGGGAUAAUAUUGCCAAUGCUACUUCUCAAGGGGAUGAUGAAAAAAAAAUUCUACACCAUAAUGUGUUAUAUAAAUGUGACCUGUUGUUAUUGGAAGGAGUGAUACACUAAUAUGGAGAGAUCGAAGGGAGAGGGAAUGAUUGGUGGAGUUUAAAGCCCUAGGACAUGUGGGUUCAAGGGUUCUGUCCCCCUCCCUGUCUCUCAGGCUGUGUAUUUCUCAACUCUCAUUUCUGUGUUUAUGUCCAUAGUGUGUGACCCAGUUCCUGGCACUGAGGCACUUAAUAAAUACUUAUUGAUUGAUUGAAA